AUGGUGGGCUUUGAUGGUGUGAUGCUUCAACUCAUGGAUAAGCUCACUGACGGAGAACCCGGUCGCCAAGUCAUCCCAAUCGUAGGAAUGGGAGGAAUUGGUAAGACUACUCUUGCCAGAAAUGUUUAUGAGAAACCACUUAUUAGUCAUCAUUUUGAUAUUUGUGCUUGGGUUACAAUAUCACAACAAUUUAACUCAAAAGAACUUCUUUGUGAAAUUCUGUCUCAAGCUAAUAAGCAAGGGAAAGAAGCGUUGAGUCAAAUGAGUGAAGAUGAAAUAGGAGUAGCACUCCACAAAUAUUUAUCAUAUAGAAGGUUUUUUAUUGUGUUGGAUGAUAUGUGGAGUGUUGAGGCAUGGGAGAAGCUGCAGCGCUAUUUUCCUGACAAUAGUAAUGGUAGUCGGAUAAUGGUGACAACUAGGCUAUCGAAUUUGGGAUCUCAAUUGGAUAGAAAUGAUGGCCUUAAAAUGAAAUUUUUGGAUGAGGAAAGUAGUUGGAAUAUGUUCUGCAAAAUUGUGUUUGGGGGGAGAAGUUGUCCUUUAGAAUUGGAGAAAAUUGGAAGGAAGAUUGUGGAGAGUUGCAGAGGACUUCCAUUAUCAAUUGUUGUGAUGGGAGGUCUUUUGGGAAAACUGGAUACAACAAAAGAAUGUUGGGAAUCUAUUAGGGGAAGCAUAAAUUCACUAGUGAAUUUGGAGAAUGACAAUCAUUGCUUGAAAAUACUGAAGUUGAGCUACAAUCAUUUGCCAGUUUAUCUUAAGCCAUGCUUUUUAUACAUGGGAAUGUAUGAGGAGGAUCGUGCAAUUCGAGUCUCAACAGUAAUCAAGCUAUGGGUUUCGGAAGGAUUUCUAAAACCAAUAAGGGGCAAGAGUUUGGAAAUAGUUGCAAAAGAGUACUUGGAUGAACUAGUUGAUAGAAAUCUGAUUCUUGUUCACGAGUUUGGGAAAACUGGAAAAAUGAAGUACUUGAAAAUUCAUGAUUUGUUGAGAGACCUUUGCUUGAGAGAAGCUGAAAAGGAGAGCAAAACUGUUGGAAUUUGGCUCAUGCCUCAACUUAGGCAUGUUUGUUUUUGGAUACUUGGAGGGUUGCAUCUCCCAGAUCCUCCAAGUGACAACAUUGUCAUCAUGGAGAAUCUACAAACCCUCAAAGGAGUAAGGAAUUUCAAGUGUGAUGAGAUGAUGAAGCUGGAAUCUUUUAGCUGUCAAUGCUUUGGGGCGGGGGCUGAUGUUUUCCCAAAAAUUACCUUUCCACGCUCUCUUAAGAGUCUAACUCUUGAAAUGUAUACAAAAAGUAGAGUGGAAGACAUAUUGGAAAAGUUGAAGGCCAGUUCCCUAGUCUCAAAAUUUUAUCACUUCACCAUUGUGGAUUGCAAAGCUGGAUUAUGGAGAGCUCCUCCCACUUCCCAUUUCUCGAGUGCCUCCAUCUUAUUUCUUUGGAAAGAUUUGAAGGAGAUCCCAGCAGAACUUGGUGAAAUUCCGACACUGAAAUCUGUGGUGUUGAGUGAGUGCAAUGAAUCAGCGGUGAAGAGUGCGAAGAGAAUGGUAGAGGAACAAGAGGAAUUACAAGGAGAAGAUCAACUAUCCUUUAAAGUUACCGAUAAAUGA